AUGGCUCUAAGAAAGCUACGUGGGAAUUUGAAGACUCGAUGCAUUAGCAGUAUCUUCAUCUGUUCUGAUCAGGAGAAAUGCACCGAUGCUAGUGCGAGACUAUUGUGCAAAGAGAGUGAGAGAAAAGCGCUACUUGAAUUUAAGCACAACCUUCAAGCUAUGGAUUCGUCAGGCCACGAUGCCCUUUCUUCAUGGAAAAGUGAGGAGUGCUGUCUUUGGGAUGGUGUCAAUUGCAACAGCCUUACAGGACACGUUGAAAUGCUCGAUUUUAUGUACCGGUCAUGGUUUGUAGCAGGUACAAUUAGCCCUUCACUGCUUAAACUACAUCAUUUGACUUCUUUAAAUUUCUUCGGUAAUGAUUUUAAUGGAAGUCUCAUACCAGAGUUUUUUGGAUCUUUGAAAAACUUGAAAUUACUGGAUCUUUCUAAUGCUAAUUUUGGAGCUCCAAUUCCUUCUCAACUUGGAAAUCUUUCAAUGUUGGAGACUCUUGGAUUGGGUGGCAACAGCAUAGGCAUGACGUUUCGCCAUAAUUUCAAAAAAAUGUUCAGUAUUGGAAAACUUGAGUGGGUUUCCCAUCUUUCUCGUUUGAAACAGGUUGAUCUUAGUUUCACUAACCUGAGUAAUGCAAAUGAUUGGUCUCAAGUCAUUAGCCACCUUCCUUUCCUUGAAGAACUAGUUAUGACGGAGUGUGAUCUUCCAAGCAUAUCUUCUUCAUCACCUUCUUCUGCUAACCAUUCUAAAUCUCUCACCCAUCUCGAUCUCUCUGCUAAUAAUCUCCCUUCUUCUGCCAUAUAUCCAUGGCUGUUUAAUGUUAGCCGCAACCUUGUUUCCCUUAAUCUCUCAAGAAACCAGUUGAAAGGUCCAAUUCCAGAAGGUUUCGGCAACAUGAUGGCUAUUAAUGAACUUCAUUUGAGUGAUAAUCUUUUGAUAUUAGCUGAGAAUCAAGUUAGGGGAGAUUCCGUGUUGAAUGAAAUCGUAAAACUACCAUAUAUUACGGUUCUAGAUCUUGGGUACAACCUUUUAAAGGGAUCCAUAAGCAAAAGCAUUGGACAAGAGUUGGAUUUAUCCUACACUUAUUUGACUUUGAAAUUCUACUCCGGAUGGAUUCCUACUUUUAAACUGAUUCAAAUAAAGCUUUGCUCUUGCAAGUUAGGGCCUCGUUUCCCAGUUUGGAUUCGGACUCAAACGGACGUCGAAAUCCUUGAUAUUUUUGCUUCAGGAAUUUCAGAUUCUCUUCCCUAUUGGUUUUGGGACCCAUUUCAGAGAUUAAAGUACAUAAACAUGUCUUUCAAUCAGAUCAGUGGUACUUUUCCAAAUAAAUCUAUCACCGUAAGACAUCUAGAUCUAAGCUCUAAUAAUUUCUCAGGACCAUUGCCACAUUUUUCUUUAGACUCUAUGAAUAUGAGGACCAUCAACCUUUCCAAAAACAAGUUUACUGGUACAAUCUCUCCAAUUUGUAGUAUUACCGGUCAAAGUUUUUUAGUAUGGCUUGAUCUCUCAAAUAAUCUAUUUUCUGGAGUGCUUCCGGACUGUUUUGGAAGUUUCCCGUCUUUAACAGCUUUGAAUUUGGGUGAUAAUAGUUUCUCAGGCUCACUUCCAAGCUCCUUAGGAUCUCUGACUUCUCUUGAAAUGCUCAGUUUACGUGGUAAUAAAUUCUCUGGAGAAUUACCUUCAUCUUUACAGAGUUGUACCAAGUUAAAAUUUCUGGACUUGAGUGAUAAUGAAUUAUCAGGAGAAAUACCUAUGUGGAUCGGCCAGAGGCUUUCAUCAUUGGUUUCUCUUAGCCUUCAACGGAAUCAGUUCUGGGGAAGGAUUCCUCAUCAACUUUGUGGAUUGAAAUAUCUACAAAUCUUAGACCUAUCUGUAAAUAAAAUUUCGGAUACUGUACCACCAUGCCUCAAUAAUUUCACUUCCAUGGCAGAAAAAGUGAGUUUAGAUCGAAGAAUUGAGCAUCACCUCUCAGAUGUAGUGUCUUUUGAAUGGUUAGCUCUGGUUCAGGUUAGGUAUGUUGAUGAGGCAUUGCUUACAUGGAAAGGAACAAAGCAAAACUAUCCACAACUUGGACUGCCACUAGCCAUUGAUCUCUCUUGUAACAAAUUAACAGGAGAGGUUCCUGAAGGAUUAAGUAGUCUUCAAGAACUGGUUGCAUUGAACUUGUCAAGAAACCUUUUAACCGGAAAAUUUAUUCAAAAUAUUGGGCAUCUAAGACAACUAGAGGUGCUUGACCUGUCAAGAAACAAGUUUUCAGGAAACAUCCCUACGAGCUUGACUGAAUUAACAUUUCUAAGUAUCUUGGACUUGUCUUACAAUGAGUUGUCUGGAAAAAUUCCAACCAGCACUCAACUACAGAGCUUUGAUCCUUCAUCAUUUUCCCAUAAUAGAGGACUUUGUGGUCCUCCUGUUUCACCGAAUUGCUCAAUGGGGGACCACCUCCUGGUAAACCUGCAUGUUGUGUUCUUCAAACGUUCAUGGAGGCAUUCAUAUUAUCGUUACUUGGAUGAUGCAAAGGAUUGGGUUUAUGUUUCAGUUGUUCUGCUGAAAACAAGAUUAGUGACUAGAAUUAGAGCUCUUUCAACAAGGUCUGAUUAG